UUUGAGUCGUCUCUGACACAUCACACUCCUUUUUAUAACCAAACAACACCGGCGUCUGUUAAAUCACAGCAUCCAACACCUUUCACAAUUUCGCAAUUUCACAAAUCAGCUACCAAAUGUUAGCCCAACCGGAUUCCCCUAAACCCUCACCGCCACCACCACCGGAAUCCACUGAACUCACCACCACCGAACCACCGUCGUCAACCACCACCACCUCCGCGUCCGUCUCCGCCGCCACCUCCUCCGACGAAACCGGAAACCCCUCCCCCUCACCCGAUCCGUCACAAAACCGUCCUCAGAUCCCUAUCACAUGGCCUUCCGGCGGCACUCUAACCCUAGAUUGGGUAACAAACCUCAUGUCAACGUUCGACUGGUCCUCUCGCAACCUCCGGCCGUCGGAGCUUCCGACGGUGCUGCCGUUGGAAGCGUUCGACGGUUUAAUACUGACUGCGUCGAAGAUUUUGCAUAAGGAGCCGAAUUGUGUGCCAGUUGAGCCUGAUAAGGAUGCGGUGGGAGCUAGUGUGGUGGUUGUUGGUGAUGUGCAUGGGCAGCUGCAUGAUGUGUUGUUUUUGUUGAAGGAUUCUGGAUUUCCGUGUGAGAAUAGGUUUUAUGUGUUUAAUGGUGAUUAUGUUGAUAGAGGAGCUUGGGGACUUGAGACAUUUCUUCUGUUACUGGCUUGGAAAGUGUUUAUGCCACACAGAGUUUUCCUCCUUCGCGGGAAUCACGAAUCUAAAUACUGUACCUCAGUUUACGGAUUUGAAAAGGAAGUUUUAGCCAAAUAUGGCGAUAAUAAUAAAGGAAAACACGUCUAUCGUAAGUGUUUGGGGUGUUUCGAAGGACUUCCUCUUGCUUCAAUAAUAGCAGGGCGUGUGUAUACAGCACACGGAGGGGUUUUUCGUAAUAUACCAGCUACCCCAUCAAAACGGGCUAAAGGAAAAAAGAACCGUAAAGUUAUACUGAGCGCAGAGUCGGUUCCGUUAUCUCUUGGUUCUCUAGAGGAAUUAUCUAAAGCUAGACGAACUGUACUUAACCCUCCAUGGGAAGGCCCAAAUUUGAUCCCCGGAGAUGUUUUAUGGUCCGACCCAUCUAUGAAACCGGGCCUUUCUCCAAAUAAUGAAAGAGGCAUUGGCCUUUUGUGGGGUCCAGAUUGCACCGAAGACUUCCUAAAGAAAUUCGGUCUUAAGUUAAUUAUUAGGUCUCAUGAAGGUCCCGAUGCAAGGGAAAAGCGGCCCGGUCUUGGAGGAAUGGAUGAAGGGUACACGAUAGAUCAUGUGGUACCAUCGGGAAAACUGAUUACAGUCUUCAGUGCUCCUGAUUAUCCACAGUUUCAGGCAACCGAGGAGCGGUACAAAAACAAAGGAGCAUACAUUGUCCUGAAUUCCCCCAACUUCGAUACUCCAAUCUUUCAUAGUUUUGAAGCUAGCAUUCCUAGACCCAAGGUGAACCCCUACUAUGACUUUGAAGACGUGAUCGAUUCCGAUGAAGAAUUAGAUUUAACGAAGAUGGUCGAGUCUUCCUAAAUGAAUCUUAUCAGUUUUCGUAAGUGGUAACUUCACCAUGAGUUGAUUAUAUAAUUUAUUUAUAUCAUGGUUUUGAAUUUUUUUAUCUGUUCUUCAUUGCAUAGGAGGUUUAAGUGUUCAUGAUCUUGUCUUGCAAAAUUGUGCAAAAUUGCAAAUGUAGAUUUGGUGUGUUGAGUUUGUAUCUAUAUAUGGGACAGUUGUAUAUCAUUUUCCCAGAACAAUGAGGCUAUUGAGUUUUGUACUUUGUUCCCCA